AUGGUUCCUACGAAACUCAUGGGUUUUGACAAGGAUUUGAAGGUCUUGGAGAACAGUGCAACCGUGUUCAAUUUGGCGUUGGUGGUUUUAUCUCUUCUGAUUGUAUUGGUGAGGAAGAUUGCGGCUUAUACUUGGCAAAAUAGAGUUACAAAGGAGGAGGCUGAUGAAGUUGGGAGUAGGGUUUCUGCAGUAGAAACUCAAUUUCUCAUUGUUGAAUUCGGUAAAGUUUAUAAAGCAUCAGUUUGUUGUUGCUUUUAUGUUCUCCUUCUACAGGCUGUGGUUUUUUGUUACGAUGGUGUUUGUUUAAUUACAAAAAUCUGCACAAGGGGAAAAGGGUGUGAGCUUGGAACCUCUGUUCUUGCCCGCAUCACAGUUUUUCGCUUGACAUCAUUGUUUAUAAUCAUCACAACUAUUUCUAUUAUAAUUGACUUUUCUGGUCUCAUUCUUCCGUCUGGUACUCUGGUUUGUAUGGCAUAUGAUGAGCUACUCGGAUUCCCCUUCGGGGCAUCUUGUAUGAUGCAAAAACCGAGUUUCUGA